CUUGAUUACCUCCGAUCCGCCUGCAUUGGUCCUCGCAUCCGCGUUGAACGCGCGCGCGCUGCCAGCUCCCGCCAUGAGACCUGCCGCGCCGUGCGGCGAUCGAGCUGCUAGCUGCCGCCGCGGGCUGAAUGCACCACCAGCUGCCGCCGCGGCGACGACAAUGAGGGUCAUGGUGCGGACGCUGCGCGGGGAGCGGGUGGCGCUGGACGUCGACGGCGCCGCCACGGUGUCGCGGCUCAAGGGCAUGGUCAUGGCCCGGGAGGGCGUCGCGGCCGACGCACAGCGGUUCUUCUUCGCCGGCCGCCACCUCGACGACGACGCCCUGCCCCUCGCGCACUACGGCGUGCGCCACGGCUCUGUUGUCUUCCUCAGCCUCCGCCUCCGCGCCGCCGCCGAGCAGCAGGAGACGAUGCGUGACGUGCAACCGCAGCCAGAGCAGCCUGUGACCGUGAGGCAACUGAUCGAUCAGCAGCAGCAGCAGCUGAUGCUUUUCGACGACCACCACCACGGCCGCGACGCCGCGAGGCGCGGCGGCGAGGAGGCCGUCAUCAAGAGGAAGCCGGUGUCGCGCCGCUCGCUGCGGAAGAUCCUCUCGCGGCUGCACGUGGACGUGUGGACGGCCCAGCACGACGCCAAGUUCCUGGACCUGCUGCUGCGGCACACGCGCGGCGGCGGCGGCGGCCGGACCGUGGGCGACCUCACCGCGGACGACUGGCGCGCCAUCCGCGCGGAGCUGAACGCGGCCACCAGGUCCGCGUUCCCCGUCGAGGAGCUGCAGCGGCGGCUGGCCGAGUACCGGCGCGAGUUCGAGGCGGUCAGCCGGAUCAAGGACCACCGCGGGUUCAGCUACGACGCGCGCCGCCGGGUCGUCGUCGCCACGGAGGCCGAGUGGAAGCGCUACGUGCUGGAGAACCCGGAGGCGGUGGCGUACGAGGGGAGGAGCCCACACUUCGGUCGCCUCCGUGCGAUCUUCUCCGGCGCCGGUGGCAGUUCGGAGACGCGUGGGCGCGGCGGGGCCACGAGGAGCCGUGAGUCGCGGGCGAAGAGAUGCCUCAGCAAACUGCUGCGCAGCUUUGGGCUCCAAUGUAAGUUGUAAAAAGGGUUUUCUUUGACACUGGUGCAGCUGAUCCGUAUGCUGGCUGAUACACGAGAGACAAGUGUCCAAUGCUCCGUUGCACGCAUCUUGUACAGGAACCACCGCAGUCUCUCCUGUUUGUCUCCUGCGUCUCAGACUUUCAGUCAUCGGUGUCCAUCGCCUUGUCUCCCAUUUUAGCUUUUCUGAGGAAUCAAAGAUCCAUCUGCCCGGAUUGUAAAAAGGCCCAAUUCCAGUCAGCUCGAAGUAUUUCUUUUUCAAGCUGGGGGCAAGGCCGAAUUUCAUUACUUGCAACGAAAUUACAACAAUAUCUCCAACCAGGUCAAUACGAUGGUUCCGCCUGGUCUGCCGGCACUGGUGCGACGUGAUCGACGAGCGAGCGCCCGAGAAGGAGAGCCGCCGCACCGUGCUGGCGUUCGUCGUCGCCGCUUCAGAUUCGGGUCGUGCACGUCCCGGCCUACGACGACAACGACCAGCGGACCGUGGAGGUCGACGCCGUGGGAAGAAGGCGUCGUGGCGUCGCGUGCCGAUUGGCCGGUCCAGCUGCUCUCCCUGUGCAGCGGCACCGCACUUCGCGCACGGCGAGUACGUCCUGACCUGACCCGCGGGUGGACGAGGGAAGCGGAACCUGGUGUUCGGGCACAGGCUGACGAGCGGCGGCGGCGGGAGGUCCUCGCAGUCCCGCGUGGUGCCCAGCUGCAAGCUGAGGCCGGGGGUGGCGGCGGCCAUCCGGCCACCGUGGAUUUUGGCCGCGGCGACCUCCGUACCUACGCCGAGACCACGGAGCCGAUGAGCGUUUAGAGGCCUGACGACGGCGCAUGAUCAGGGUUGGUGGGCUCUGCAAAGAUCGUCGCCCUGAUUCCCUGAAUUUUCCCAUCGGCGACAACAAAAUCGUACCCAACAUCAUGGAAAGGGCUAUUGCAUGAAAUCCUGGGCCGGGCCCAUAAAUCCUUAUAUUGUGUGCCACGGAAGUCGGAAGUAGACUAGUAUAGGCCCAAAUGUACGAUCAAGCUCGCAAUGCUUCCAGCACGAGCGUUACUGGCUAGCUUUCGGCCUUCGGCCCAUUUAGGAGCAUCACCAGUGACCAUGGAAGGCAUGUGUGGUUCUUUAAUCCGCCGGAUGGCGUC